GGAGUCGUAGUCUCCUUGAGAAAGAGAGAGAGAGAGAGGGGCACGGCAGCUAGAUGGAGGAGCCGAGGGCGCUCCAGGGGCCGCGGGAUCAUGCUCUCUCUGGGGCUGCUGUGGCGGGCGCUGGCUGGCCGAGGAGACGGCCAUGACGAGGACAAGGACAAGGAGAAGGCCGGACCCAGGAGCAGAGCCAUGGACCAGGAGCGGGCCCUCGAAGUCUACGAUAUAAUCCGAACAAUCCGGGAUCCAGAAAAGCCCAACACUUUAGAAGAACUAGAGGUGGUGACCGAAAGCUGUGUUGAAGUGCAUGAAACCAGGGAAGAUGAAUAUUUAGUGACGAUCAGGUUUACACCAACAGUACCUCAUUGCUCUUUGGCUACUCUCAUUGGUCUGUGUUUGCGGAUCAAGCUCCAGAGAUGUUUGCCUUUCAAACACAAGUCAACAAGCAAAUCAACGAUAAAGAGAGGGUGGCAGCUGCCAUGGAGAAUCCUAACUUGCGGGAGAUUGUGGAGCAGUGUGUUCUGGAACCUGACUAGCUGCCGGGAUCUCCAUUGACAUGGGACUUACUUACCUGGCGCACGGGUGUCAAUGCCUUUGUAAAAAAGAUGGAGGCCUUGCAUUUAAAACGGAAGAAUCUUUUAUACCUCUGCCUAUUUUUAAAUAAUCAUUUUAUAAAAAUUAUGUAAUUGUAAAAAGAGUGAGCAGUGUGUGGCUCAAUCUUAGGUGAACCAUAAACUCCUUAUUGAAAAUUGAUUUUAUGAAAGGAUCAUUGGCUAAUUCUUUUGUCACCUCAUGUUAAAUACAUUGCAGUUUUAAAAGUCUGAUGAUGACUUAAUUUUUUCACUUCGUUCUUCCUGUGGAAAGUACUUGAGUAGCAGCAGUACAAAAGAUGAAUAAAACACAAUGAUUUCUUGAACGCAGACUUUUCUUCAAUGUUAUUAAAAUUAAUAUAACUGGAAGCAGAUUAAGGACAGUAUGUUUUAGAUCUGUCUCAAUGAAGGUGAGGCAUAUCUCACAUUACGGCUGCAAUCUAAAGGGUAAAUCACACUGAGCCCUAGAUCAUCCUUUUGCAUUUUCAUAACUGGAAUCCUUCGGCCAUUCCUCUCCCCAGCGCCAAUGCCAGAUGCAAGAAAGGACAUCCAUUGCAGAAUGAGAUAAGCCACUAGACAAAACAGAAUUCUGGCAAUAAUCUGAUUUGGGGUAUUAGAUUGAUUGUUCAGGUUUGUACCUUUGCACACAGUAAGUCACAGUGGAACAUAGCCAGUGAAAAAGAAUACAGACUUCACAUUUUAACUGAAACGAAUCGUAUUGGUAGGUAAUGCCUAAGAUUGUUGUUGUUGUUGUUGUUGUUAUGUGUCUUCCGACUCAUGGAGACCCAAGGAUAACUUAUCAUGGGCUCUUCUGGAACUGAGAGUGUGUGACUUGCCCCAUGAUCACCCAGAGGGUUGCCAUGGUUGAGCAGGAACCGAACCCCAAUCUCCCGAGUUGUAGCCCAACACUCAAGCCUCUGCACUACACUGGCUCUCAAAAACGGAUGCUAUCUUCCAGUCAAGUCGUUAUUAUGGUGGAUGAUCAUGAACUGUCAGAAGAUGGCAUAUGAAGGCAGUAAGACAACAGAGUUAUCAAUGUCUGUAGGAAUUGUGUUAGAAUUUCAUGGACAAAGCAUUGUGUUGGUGUGAUUUGAAUAGGGAUCCUUGCUUCUUCCUUCCUGUGACUCUUAAAGUUUUCAAGAAAAUGCACUUUAAAUAGUUCAUUUUCAAGAGAUCAUUCGCCGGAUGAAGGCGGCAGGCAUUGGCUACCAAACGCUGUAAUUGCGCAUGUUUUGCUCAGGCUUGUCCAGGAGGUGGCUGUGGAGCUCUUUCUGAACUGCUCUCAUUAGUGAAAAGGAUCAGAUGUUUCCGGAUACGAAGGGAAGCAGAGGUUUUCUUUCAAGAGAGAUACUUGACACAACUUUCAUGAGAAUGCAGCGUACCAUAAUCACUAGUGAUAGUUCAUGGCAGGACUUCCUUUGCUUUUAGCCAGUAUGAAGCAUGCUGUUACCAAUGUUAAACAAACAAUGCUUUUAAAAGCCCAAUUUUGCCAGCGUCCUCUUAAUAUGCCAAGUUAAAAACAACAACGGAUUUUAUUUGUCAUAAGCUUUUGUGGGCUGAAGCGCAUCUGAAGUGUCUGAGAUUGUGCAUUUGAUGGAUUUAGUCCAGUGCCUUUUAACCAGCCAAGUGGAGAAUGGACAGAACUUCCCUGCUUUCCAUCUUCUCCUGACAACAUAAAUACUGAGUUUUAAUUUUGUCCACUGUGUUUAUUGUAUGUAUUUGUUAUUUUUGUAGAGCACUUUAAAUUGUCUAAGCAGUUUCUAAGUACAAAUAAAUAUACUCUGGUUACUGGU